AUGGCUAUACAUGGCAAUACAUGGCAAUACAUGGUAAUACAUAGUAAUACAUGGCAAUACAUGGCAAUACAUGGCAUUAAAUAACUAUGCAUGUCAUUACAUGGCUAUACAUGGCAAUACAUGGCAAUACAUGGCAAUACAUAGUAAUACAUGGAAUCACAUGGCUGUACAUGGCACUACAUGGCUAUACAUAGUAAUACAUGGCAAUACAUGGUAAUACAUAGUAAAACAUGACAAUACAUGGCUAGACAUAACAGUACAUGGUAAUACAUGGCUAUACAUGGGUAUACAUGGCUAUACAUGGGUAUACAUGGCAAUACAUGGCUAUACAUGGCAAUACAUGGCUAUAUAUGGCUAUACAUGGUAAUACAUGGUGAUACAUGGUAAUACAUGGCUAUACAUGGCUAUACAUGGCAAUACAUGGUGAUACAUGGUAAUACAUGGCUAUACAUGACAUUACAUGGCUAUACAUGGCUAUACAUGGCUGUACAUUGCUAUACAUGGUAAUACAUGGUAAACAUGGCUAUACAUGGCUAUACAUAGCUAUACAUGGCUAUACAUUGCUAUACAUGGUAAUACAUGGUGAUACAUGGUAAUACAUGGCGAUACAUGGCUAUACAUGGCUAUACAUGGCAAUACAUGGUGAUACAUGGUAAUACAUGGCUAUACAUGACAUUACAUGGCUAUACAUGGCUAUACAUUGCUAUACAUGGUAAUACAUGGUGAUACAUGGUAAUACAUGGCUAUACAUGGCUAUACAUGGUAAUACAUGGUGAUACAUAAUAAUACAUGGUAAUACAUGGCAAUACAUGGUGAUACAUGGUAAUACAUAGCUAUACAUGGCUAUACAUGGUAAUACAUGGCUGUACAUGGUAAUACAUGGCUAUACAUGGCUAUACAUGGGUAUACAUGGCAAUACAUAGCUAUACAUGGCAAAACAAGGCUAUACAUGGGUAUACAUGGCUAUACAUGGGUAUACAUGGCAAUACAUGGCAUUACAUGGAUAUACAUAGCUAUACAUAGGUAUACAUGG